AUGGCCAUGUCGGCCCAGGACGCUCCGAGGGGCAUGGCCGAGGCGAUGAAGCAGGCCGAGGCGGGCAUGGCGCUCUUCAAGGACAAGGCCGAGGUGCAGGUGGACAAGCCUGCCGCGGAGGCCUUCAAGGCAUCGCACGAGGCCCUGCUGGCAGAGGUGCAGAAGGUCAUCGACUCGCUGACCGGCAAGGACAACAAGAAGGAGCGCACCGCGAAGAGCAAGGAGCUGUCGGAGCUCAAGGUCGACAAGCAGUACAUCGACGCCUGCAAGGUGGCGAAGGGCCUGGAGCCCGUGAGCGGCUUCUUUACCGUGGCGUCCGCGGGGCCGGAGGAGCCGGCCUCGAAGCCGGCGGCCGCCGAGGCGCCGGCCGAGAGGCUGGACCCCGACGCGAAGAAGGCCGCGAGGCCGGCGAAGAAGGCGGAGAGCGCGGGGCUGAGCCAGGCGGAGAAGAAGGAGCUGGGGAUGAGCGGCGGCCAGCAGAACAAGGACGCGCAGAUCGUGGCGUGGGUCGCUCGCAUGAACGAGCUCAAGGAGAAGGAGUGCCCGGGGAGCACGCAGAAGCCCGACAAGAAGGAGGAGAAGAAGAAGAAGACCCUGGGCUCCGACAUGCAGAAGGCGGCGGACGCGCUGAGGCAGGAGAUCGACGAGUACAAGACCAAGCUCAAGUCGGAGUUCGGCUACUCCAACAAGGAAAUCAAGGCCGACCCCGAUCUGGCAGACAUGGAGGCGAGGCUGCAGGCGAUCGAGAAGUAGCGCGGCACGGUGGCGACUGGGGCCGUGGUGUUUACGUUGCGGGCUCAUUAUUUUAAGUGUAUAACAAACGAAUAGUUCGGUAUCGCAAUGCGUCCAACUUGCCCUGCGAUUGUACAUUGUCCCUCCCGCGGGAGGAAGCGCACGGUUUUAGUUUAACCGACAGCCCUGCUCGUUUCAAGCCUGGGCGACGGGCAACGCGAUUCCCGUCUCCCGGCACCUGCUAGCAGCCAGUUUCAAGUACGCACGGCUGUAAGCGCGACACUCCCUUUUUUGGUGAGCGUGCG